AUUUCCACAUUACACUGCGGUUAGGUUAUCUUUGUGACAUUUGAGUGUAAACUUACUAAAGUAUAACAAAUAAGUGAUCUUUCUCAUCGGUGCUGUUGUCUGUGUUGUCAUCUAUAAAGUCGGAGUUGAAAUCUUCAAGUGCGGAGAAACCGCAAUGGACUCACUCCCACUAGAAGUUCUUGAUAAAAUUGCAGAGCACCUGACACCCUACGAGCUGGCAGCGUGUUCUGGCGUUAGUGUAGGAUGGAGAGAUGCCUUCAACCAGGACAGUCUGUGGAGGCCACACUGCAACAAGGACACGGCAGAGUACCUGGAGACUGCGGAGAGUAGAGUGGAGCCAAGUUUUGAGUGUCCGGAGUUCGAGGACAGCACCCUGAGUCCUGUCUGUCGCUGGCGGAUAUGUUACAUGCGUGAGACUCACCUGCACAACAACUGGAGACAUGGCAGAUCCGUCAAGGAAAAUAUAAGCAUUGUAGAGAACUUCCGAGACAAGUUCUGCAUGUUUGUCUCUGACGAUUAUGUGCUACUGUCAAGUGGAAAAACGUUAAUGUUGUGGGACGUUAGAGGCUCUCCAGUUUAUAUAGGAGAACCAAUACGUUUACUCUUUGUAUCAGAAGAAAACAUGUUCGGACAAUUGAUCAACUCCAACAUGAUGUUGAUUCUUCAAGAAUUAUCUGUACAAGUUUACUGUUUUAAAUCCAUUUUAGACGAAUCUUGGGAAUUAAAACACGUUUUCUUUCUUGAUGGAACUCAAAGUGUUUCUCCUAGUGAGGCGUUCAGUGUUAUGGCCGUUACAACUGAAGAUUCUUUUGUUAAUGAAGAUCCGAUUGUCAUAGGCAAUCUUUUCGUUCAUUACUCCUUAACGUACCUAACAGUUUUACACAUUUGGAAUGUUGAGGAAGGGAAAAAGUUAAAGACGGUUGAAUGUAAGAUUACAUCAGGAAAGUGUUACAAGAUAUGUACCAUUGUUAAAUCUGACAAACCAUCUCUAGACAUUGUAGUGGUUUACUGGAAUUGGAGAAAUUUAAAAGAUGAAUUUCACGUAUACAUUUACAGUUUAAAACAUUUGGACUUCCUCCCUUUCCACGAAACCUAUGACAUGAAUAACUAUGUACAAAUUGGAUUGUGUGUUACAAGACAGAUUUCUCGGUGUUACAGUUAAUGAACAUCUCUACAUCUAUAAUUAUGUGACGUCACAGUUACUACAUACAAUACCAACUAUAACCAACUGUGUUACGGUCAACAAUCACAUUUUGUUCUCUGAACAACAAAUGUUUUACAAGAGUUUCAAUACAACUACUCUAGAAAUUAAAAACGUAAGAGUGACCAAUAACACAGAAGUUCCUUCGGAAUGUUAUUUGGGAAAAACUUUUA